AUGGACAACUCUACCUUGUACACCACCGAACAUACCACAUCGGGUGGCACGGGGAAAGCCUGGGAUGACGCUACCUGGAUACUCACCAGUUCCUUCAUUAUAUUUACCAUGCAGUCAGGGUUUGGACUGCUUGAAAGUGGUAUCGCCAGUCGUAAGAACGAGGUGAACAUCAUGGUGAAGAAUGCUGUGGACGUUGUGUUUGGUGGACUCUCCUUCUGGAUGUUAGGCUACGGUUUCAGCUUUGGCACCGAUCCCGGUACCAACAGCUUCUGCGGAAUCGGCUCUUUUUUCCUCGAUCCAGAACCUGAAAAAAUGGGAGAAGAAUUUUCACAGUUUAUUUUCCAAGCUUCCUUUGCAACAACAGCAACUACAAUUGUAUCUGGUGCUAUAGCUGAGCGCACCAAACUGUCCGCUUACGUGGUGUUUUCCUUUUUCAACACGUUUAUCUACUGUUUUCCCGCUCAUUGGGUAUGGGCGGAGAAUGGCUGGAUGAGGCGUCUGGAAGUCGUGGACUUUGCCGGGGACGGACCAGUUCAUCUUGUCGGAGGGGUGACCUCUUUUGUGGCAGCAUGGAUGAUAAAACCACGUCACCAACGCUUCACCCCUGAGGACAGACACGAAAUGGGCAUGCCCACAAACGUCAUUCUCGGCAUGUUUAUUCUGUGGUGGGGUUGGCUGGGAUUUAACUGUGGCAGUACGUUUGGAAUCAGUGGUGGAAAAUGGAAGAUCGCCGCAAGGGCGGCAGCGAACACAAUUUUAGCCUCAUGCGGGGGCGGAAUAGCAGCUAUGUUGUUAAGUUAUGUGACAAAGAAGAGGAAAUUUGACGUGGGCUUCCUCAUCAACGGUAUUCUAGGAGCUCUAGUGUCUAUCACAGGGAUAUGUGCUGUAACCGCACCCUGGGAAGCCACCCUCAUUGGUGUGAUCGGCGGAUUAAUAGGGGCUAAGGGAGAGGUUGUGUUGGUUAAGAUGAAGAUUGACGACCCCGUUGCUGCGGUAGCGAUUCACGGAUUCUGUGCGGUUUGGGGUCUGUUGGCUUGUGGGCUCUUCACAAGGCGAGACACCGUAGAUAACACCUUCAGCACAAGGGACGGACUUCUGUGGGGAGGCGGGUUUUACCUCCUGGGCGUACAGAUCAUGGCGGUUGUUGUGAUCACAGUGUGGACCUUGAUCACUUCUUUCAUUCUUCUGAAGGUUAUCGACCUGACGAUUGGGCUAAGACUCAGUCUUGAAGAAGAGAUUCUCGGGGCCGACAUCGUGGAACACAACAUCUACCCUCCAAAAAUGGCUGUCAUUAUUGCCAAUAAGCAGGACAUCCAACUGAAAGAGUGUCUCUCCUCCAACAACCAGAUUCGUCCUUUAUCUGGGCAGGAUGUUCGGGCUAAACCCGGCUCCAGGUGGGCCCUGAAAGGGGACAAAGUCAUCGGUAAUUCACAACACAAAAAUUCCACCCAUAACAGGCGUAGUUCAACGCGAAGCGUGUCAUCCACUGCCGAGAACGCCGGAGAAAUUACAACGGUCAUGCCCCUAUCUGCCAAAGACUUACUUGAUAACAACUGA